GACCCGGGCUUCGGGACCGCUGAGUUCCGUGGGGCGGCCGUGGGGGACGCCGAGUCGCCGGCUCCUCUGCCUUCGUUGAGAUGGACAACGCCUCGUUCUCGGAGCCCUGGCCGGCCAACGCAUCGUGCCCGGGCUGGGCGCUGAGCUGCUCCAACGCGUCGACUCUGGCGCCGCUGCCGGCACCGCUGGCUGUGGCUGUGCCGGUUGUCUACGCGGUGAUCUGCGCCGUGGGUCUGGCGGGCAACUCCGCCGUGCUGUAUGUGUUGCUGCGGGCGCCCCGCAUGAAGACCGUCACCAACCUGUUCAUCCUCAACCUGGCCAUCGCCGAUGAGCUCUUCACACUGGUGCUGCCCAUCAACAUCGCCGACUUCCUGCUGCGGCAGUGGCCCUUCGGGGAGCUCAUGUGCAAACUCAUCGUGGCUAUCGACCAGUACAACACCUUCUCCAGCCUCUACUUCCUCACCGUCAUGAGUGCCGACCGCUACCUGGUGGUGUUGGCCACUGCCGAGUCGCGCCGAGUGGCCGGCCGCACCUACAGCGCAGCGCGCGCGGUGAGCCUGGCCGUGUGGGGGCUCGUCACACUCGUCGUGCUGCCCUUCGCAGUCUUCGCCCGGCUUGACGACGAACAGGGCAGGCGCCAGUGCGUGCUGGUCUUCCCGCAGCCCGAGGCCUUCUGGUGGCGCGCGAGCCGCCUCUACACGCUCGUGCUGGGCUUCGCCAUCCCGGUGUCCACCAUCUGUGUCCUCUAUACCACCCUGCUGUGCCGGCUGCAUGCCAUGCGGCUGGACAGCCACGCCAAGGCCCUGCAGCGCGCCAAGAAGAGGGUGACGUUCCUGGUGGUGGCGAUCCUGGCCGUGUGCCUCCUCUGCUGGACGCCCUACCACCUGAGCACCGUGGUGGCGCUCACCACCGACCUCCCGCAGACGCCGCUCGUCAUCGCUAUCUCCUACUUCAUCACCAGCCUGAGUUACGCCAACAGCUGCCUCAACCCGUUCCUCUACGCCUUCCUGGACGACAGCUUCCGCAGGAACCUCCGCCAGCUGAUAACUUGCCGCGCGGCCGCCUGACUCCCCCAUCGUCCGGCUACGCAAAUGCCCCGCCACCCCUGGCCCGCGCAGGAGGAGCCGCCGCCAGAGUGCGGGACCCGACAGGCCUCCUAGGCCUCCCGGGGAAACUGACUCUCUCCCCCAUCCCCUACUUAGCAGAUCGGAAGCGGUGCGGCUGCGCCAGCAGGUUGACCUUGCCCUCCAGGUGAUGCGCGUCCACGCCGCGUGAGCGGCACUGCGGCUGAGAUCGCCACGCCGAACGCUACCUCACACAGAGACUUCCUGAGCAAGGAACCUGGAGUAGCCCGGGCGCGCGGUUCCGGCGUCCCCCGUAGGAGCCAGCGGCCGGGCGCUUAGCGUCCGAGGACCGCAGGGCUUUGUGGUGGAGCGCUCGGGCUGAGCGCGCUUCACAGCACUGCGGCGCACUGGUCAUCGCUGCUUCUAGAGGACGCCAAGCCCCACGCCCCAUUCCCCCAAUUGGCCUCGUCUCUUGUCUGACUUAGACUAGUUUGUUGUAACUGUUCAUGUGUGUACUGUUUUUCAGAACUGAAAACUUUAUAAAUAAUGUACAUGUCUUAAUCUCACGAGUUGCCAUGAAGAUCAAAUAAGAUAAAAAGAAAUGCUAUCUAUUCUCUUGUGUUCCCUUUCUCCUCUGUGCUUCCUGGGCCCCGCCUUAGGGACAGCAGGAAGCAGAGAUGACCGAUGGCUUCAGGUUUUUUCUGCUGGACUUUUCACAGGGUGCUGUGGAUUACCUGGGCUUUAUUCCUUAGUUGUAGACAGCAUCCGGCAGGUAGUCCCGGUAAACCGGGUAAAUACUGGUUCUGGAGUCAUCAGGGAUACUGGCCAGCAUCCUACCUGCGUUUUUAUCUCUGCAUAUGGAAGACAAAGUGGAUUAAGAGAGAGGACUGGCACUGGGUUUGCCCAAUCCUCUGCAGUUUAGCCUUAGACAUGAGGGCGGAACCCUAACCAAACUCUGGUCAUUGAUUAUGGUGUUUUAAAAGGUAUUAAUCUUUGGGAUGAAGUCCAAACAGGAUGAAAAUUUCUACAAAUGUUUGUUUCCUACUAUGUCAUAUGUGAGACAAAAUGUGAGUGUUGCAGCAGAUUUUGUUUGCUUAGUUUGGCAUCUUCAAUCAAUUUCUCAAUUAUUUAGGUUGAAAAAAGCUUUUAAUAAAUAUUUGGAAGGGAAAAAACGCCCCCUUGGAAUGGGGGGAAGCAAACCCACUCUCUGAUUUUGGUGAAUGAGAGUUGCUUUCUUAGCUCUCAGAAUUUUUAGAAACCUUGAAAUAAUUCAUAACCAUCAGUUUAGAAAAUAUACAUUAAAAAACCUUCUGUCUUGGGUGGCAAAUAAUAGUUAAUUGUUUAAAAGAAAGUUUUCAUCUGCAAUGAGUUUCAAAUGGUGGACCUCAGGCCUCUCUCUCCUGGCCGGCUUCAGAGGCUUCUUGGAAUUCAUUUUAGUAUCUUUUGAAUUUCCAGGAAUCAUUCUAUUGAUUUUCCUUAAAACUCUCAAAAUUAUCUCAUGAAUCCUCCGUAACUUUUCAAAAUUAAAGUUUUAAAUUUAGAGUAACUUCUAGAUUUACCUAAGGUGAUGGACAAAGAGUAAGGUGAACAUUUGGCUACAAACACAGCCGGGGUGAUUGUCUGGAUUCAAUUCUCAUCAGUCUUAAUAAGCUCAGUAACUGGACUCAGAUGGGGGACAGCUGAGUGAUCCAUCUGUCCACUGUUUCAUCCCUACAGUAGAUUGACCUCGAGCCUUCUUGGAAUCUAUGGAGAUGACUGCUGGAAAAAUACACUGGCUGACAUUGCUAUUCAUCCCCAGCAAGGCAUGGAUUGGCUUCUGAGUAUGCCUGUGGGAUUAAUUAGGACUCGGUAGUUCAGUUCCUCUUGGGGUUUCUGAUCACUGGAUAAACUGUUGUAUCAUUAUUUCUAGGUAGUUGCCCUUCAUAUGAGCAUGUAGACUGUACAUCUCAGGCUUCCUUUUUAUGCCUUGGGUAAUCGGUUGAAUAAAUACACAUGUAAGCCAGACAAAAGUAGAAUUUAUUCACAUCAUUGUAUUGCAAAGGUUUUAACACUGUGUUGAAUUCUUGCAGUUUCUGUGUAAACUCUAUGGUUUGGUUUUACCACUUUGAAUAGUUAAAAAUGUCUAUUUGCUUUUACUUAAUUUAGUACAGUUACGUAAUGUAUAUGCUUAUGUUUUCUCUUGAUAAACGCAGAAACUCUAUAGUACAUUGUGGAGGAACUCAGUUUAAAAUAAAAGCUGAAACAUUCUGUGU